GCGCGGGGAGGGCGGGGCCGCGUCUGCCGGUGGUGUGGAAGCGGCGGUGGCCGCGGAGCCGGGGCGGGAUGCGGGUGAAGGUGCUGAGCUACAACCCCGACGACUGCGUCCGCGAGACCAAGCUGGACCUGCAGCGCGUUCCAAGGAACUAUGACCCUAUAUUGCACCCGUUUGAGGUUCCACGAGAGUACACAAGAGCUCUGAAUGCAACAAAGCUAGAACGUGUGUUUGCAAAACCCUUUCUUGGCUCACUUGAUGGCCACAGAGAUGGAGUUAAUUGCAUGGCCAAACAUCCUAAGAGUUUGUCUACAGUACUGUCUGGAGCUUGUGAUGGAGAGGUUAAAAUUUGGAACUUGACCAAGCGACAGUGCAUUCGAACCAUACAAGCCCACGAAGGCUUUGUUCGAGGCAUGUGCACUCGUUUCUGUGGUACAUCAUUCUUUACUGUUGGUGAUGACAAAACUGUGAAACAAUGGAAAAUGCAGAGUCCAGAAUAUGGAGAAGAAGAAGAGCCUAUUCAUACAAUUCUUGGAAAGACAGUGUAUACAGGAAUUGAUCACCACUGGAAGGAAGCUGUUUUUGCCACUUGUGGCCAUCAAGUGGACAUUUGGGAUGAGCAAAGAACAAGUCCCAUGUGUUCUCUGACGUGGGGUUUUGAUAGCAUAAGCAGUGUAAAAUUUAAUCCCAUUGAGACAUACCUCUUGGGAAGCUGUGCCUCUGACAGAAAUAUUGUACUCUAUGACAUGAGAAAAUCAACUCCAUUAAAAAAGGUUAUCUUGAACAUGAGGACAAAUACACUGUGUUGGAACCCCAUGGAAGCUUUUGUUUUUACUGCAGCAAAUGAAGACUACAACUUGUAUACUUUUGAUAUGCGCUUUCUUGACUCACCUAUGAUGGUGCACAUGGACCACGUGUCUGCUGUUCUUGAUGUGGAUUAUUCACCUACUGGAAAAGAAUUUGUCUCUGCCAGCUUUGAUAAGUCUGUCCGCAUAUUUCCUGUAGACAAAGGUCACAGCAGGGAGGUAUACCAUACAAAGCGAAUGCAGCACGUCAUCACUGUGAAAUGGACUUCAGAUAGCAAAUAUAUUCUUUGUGGCUCUGAUGAGAUGAACAUUCGUCUGUGGAAAGCUAAUGCUUCUGAAAAACUGGGAGUGCUUGCACCACGAGAGAAGGCAGCUAUGAAUUACAAUCAGAAGCUGAAGGAGAAGUUCCAGUAUCACCCCAAGAUCAGACGCAUCGCUCAGCACCGUCACUUGCCCAAGAGUAUAUUCUGUCAGAUCAAGGAGCAACGCAUCAUGAGAGAAGCUCGUCGAAGGAAGGAGCUGAAUCGUCGUAAGCACAGCAAACCAGGAUCUGUGCCAUUUGUUUCAGAGAGGAAGAAGCAUAUUGUGGCAGUAGUAAAAUAAUUGUUUUUACAUGUACAAAAUAUCACAAUAAAAGAAAAUGUCACUAGAAUGAAUUCACUGUAUGACAUUUGAUGGACAUUGGUAAGAAAGUGGAAGGUUCCAGAAAUGUGGCUUUUCUUCCAAGUAUACACAUGCUCUGAUUUCUCAAGUCAUCAUCCACUUCGUCUGGUUGUAAUCCUUUAUUGACAUUUGUGUGUUUGAUGCCACUGGCCCAGUGCUGUGUAUUGCCUUGGAGUUUGGCUCUUUUGAUGUAAUCAGAUAACUUGGUACUUGGUGGAGGAUAUCUAGUUACACUCCUGUUCUGUGGUACCAUUACUGCAAAAGAAGAAGACUGAACUCAGUUUACAUUUGCCAGAGACCAAAAACGUUUGUUCCACACAGUUAAAAAAUCACUUAUUGCUGAAUUAAUUUUUUUUUAACAAAUCUAAUAAACUAAACAAGUGACCUUAAGGCAGUGAAUUAAUUCUUGAUGAUUCUGACUGACAAUUUAUGCAUUAUACUUACUACAGUAAGAUAUAGUAUUUUUAUUCAGAAGAAUUCAACAGGGUUCUUGGACAUCUGUAAACUUAUUUCUAGGUUUGUUCUGUCUUCUUAACUAUUUUUACAUGAAUUUACAAAGCUUCAGACUUUCAAAAUGGCUAAUAUUGAUAAUGGCAUAGUUGAGUAAGUACCUUUUCUCAGCUUAUUUAAAACUUUAAAAAUCUGGAUCAAAGCAUAAAUUGUAUAAAAUGCAGACUUCUUUAGAUGACACUUCCUGUAGGGUUUCUAUUUUAAGUUUUUAUAUAUAUAUAUAUAUAUAAAAAAUAAUUAAAAGCUUCACAUUUCACAAGGUACCUGUAGCCCAACUGUUUUUUACUAUUUGUCUGCUUCUCUUCCAGUGGGAUAGACUUUUUUCUGAAGAUACUGAGGUGAUUAGAAAGCUGUGCUGGAAUUCAGCUUGGCCUUCUAGGCUGAAGGGUUUUCUUGCAGAAAUAUGAUAUUUAUGACAUAAAGAAGUGUUGCUUAACAUCUUUCAUACUAAAGAAUUUUGUUUUUAAGCCUUUGCACUACUAUGCAGUCUGUAACUAUGCCUCUCCUUCCCUGAUUUUAUGCACAAAAUUUCAUCAACUCAGAAUAAACUAUAGUUGAAC